AUGGGAGAACGUCCAAGAAGAAGCAGUCUUUUUGAAGUAGGUUUUCCUAUUGCAAAAGAUCGCGGCUCAAGUAUUGUUAAUAUUCAACCAAGUAUAUUUGAGCAUCGCCCACAGAAAGUUGUUUUUGAAAACACGUACAAAAUGGAGCCAGACAAGAAACUCGACUUAAAAGAAAUUGAAAGACUUAUGCAAAGCACUCUAGAAUCGUUCCUUCAAAAUGCCACGUACGAUGCCAGUCGUUGCCGAAGUCUUGUCAACUCUUUGUCGCUCACAAUUCGUGAACAGGUGAAACUUAUGGAUUAUAAACGUUACAAAGUGAUUUGCUUGGUGAAUAUCGUCGAAAACAAAUCUCAAGGAAUUCGUAUUGCAAGUCGUUGUUUGUGGGACGACAAGAAAGAUAAUCAAGUUAGUGCUGUAUAUUGUAAUACGUCUUUGGUUUGUUUGGCGACUGUCUUCAUGGUUUACUGCGAAUGA